AUGACUGGACGCGGCAAAGGAGGCAAGGGUCUCGGCAAGGGUGGCGCCAAGCGUCACCGUAAGAUCUUGCGUGACAACAUCCAGGGUAUUACCAAGCCCGCUAUCCGCCGUCUCGCCCGUCGUGGUGGUGUCAAGCGUAUCUCCGCCAUGAUCUACGAGGAGACUCGUGGUGUCCUCAAGUCCUUCCUCGAGUCGGUCAUCCGUGAUGCCGUCACCUACACCGAACACGCGAAGCGCAAGACCGUCACCUCUCUCGAUGUCGUCUAUGCCCUCAAGCGCCAGGGCCGUACCCUCUACGGUUUCGGUGGCUAA